AAAUCGUCCAAAAAAGAAACACAAGCAACAAGCACCAAAAAAAAAAAGUAACCGAUUUGGGAAAAAAAAUAUCUCGACAAAAAAUUAAAAAUGGAGGCAUCAAAGAAGCUUGUUGCAGUGUUUCUUGUGUGCAUGGUUAUGUUGUCAUCAACUGUGUAUGUCUCCAUGGCUCAUGAAGAAAGUAAAGCAGAAAAAAUUAAAGAAGCAUUUAAAACCGUUGCAAAUGAAUACAAAGAUUGCUACACUGACUGUCACAAAAAAUGCUCAGAUGAAGGAUUUGGAUACACUCAUUGUGAGAUGAAGUGUGACAGUGAAUGCACCGCUAUGUUGAUCAAAGAAAGAAUCGAGAAAAUGAAAAAUGAGAAGCCUUGAAGAUGGACCGAAGGAUGCAAAACAUUCUUUAGUAUGGCAAAUAUAGGGAAAGAAGAAUAAAACAGUGGUUUUUUUAUUUCUAUUUUAAUUCGUUCAUUCAUUUAUUUACCACUGUACUUGCAAUUUCAAGAUUCAAUAAAAAUUGUGUCUUUCUCUAA